AUGUCGGGCAACAUGCGAGGAGCGAAAAACAUGUUUCAAACGAAAUACUACUUAGUUAACAGAACUGUUAUGGACAUGUUUAAGAAAACAGAACAAGAUAGACUCUGGUAUGUCUCGGCCAGGGGACAGAACCCAGUCUUCCUCACAGGGACGAACGCUCAUCUAAAGGCCACAAGUGAGGCGUUGCCAAGGGAGACAUUAAGAAGAAGAAAGUUGUUAAAAAAAGAGAAAGGUAAAUCCGUAAUGAAGAGGCGUCGUAACUCAUCGGUUUCCAGGAUUCGUGAGUACAGCCACAUUUACUGGACAUCUGGUGUACUAUGCUGUCAAGGUCAGACAAUUCCCAUUGCCAUUAAUGAUGUGCUGGUGGGCAUCUACUUUUCCCACUGCAGAAGACAGUUUCUCGAACCCUCCACCACUGGCCAGCCCUCACCAGUUACUUCUCCAGCCAUGGCGAUCGUAAAGCAAAUGUUGAUAAACUUACGACACUACUCAUUGAUCCAGAAGCAUUUCAUGUUCCUGGAUUACAUUCUAGCAGCCCUGAAUGAAUUCAACACAGUACAACAGAGAUAAUAGAGUUUCGAUAGAGAACGGAUACAGAUACAGAUCUUCAUUCUGUGUAAACCCC